AUGCCAGUUGACGUGUAUUACAGUCGUUAUAGCGGGCCAUCCCGUGCCGUAUUGAUGACCGUACGACAACUUAAUAUCCCCGUUAACCUCAAACCCAUUAACUUGUUUGAAGGUGAACAAAUGAAACCGGAAUUUAUCAAGGUGAACCCGGCACAUACCGUUCCCACCAUUGAUGACAAUGGAUUCUCAUUGUGGGAAAGUCGAGCCAUUAUGCAGUAUCUGUGUAACCAAUACGCACCGGACAGUCAGCUCUACCCUCGAGACCCUAAAAAGCGAGCUCUGGUCGACCGGUCCCUCANUGUAACCAAUACGCACCGGACAGUCAGCUCUACCCUCGAGACCCUAAAAAGCGAGCUCUGGUCGACCGGUCCCUCAACAUCGAUAUGGAGGGCUAAAAUGUUUGCUGGAGUGGAUCCGCCUGAAGAUAAGGUGACAAACCUGAAGAAUAAUCUGAAGGUUUUGGACCAAAUAAUUGGUUCAAAUCAUUACGUGGUGGGCGACCAGUUGACAAUCGCUGACCUGUCACUGUUAGCCACCGGCACAUACCUGGAUUGGGCGGAACUGGAUGUAAGCGAAUUCACGAACUAUAAGCGCUGGUUCACCACUGUUCAGAAGGAAUUGCCGUAUUUCGAUGAAAUCAAUACCUUCUCGAAGGAGGAACGGGAGGCUUUGGUCGAGAAGGCUAGAGCCAGAUAUGCCCCCAAAAAGUAA